AUGUCACUCCUCGUAACUUCCACACAGCCAGCUCCACUUAUUUUAAAGUGUGUCUGUGUUCUUGGGCUUUUUCCUCUCCCCGUGUGAGACACAAGCUCCUGCGGUGCUGCUGAUCAAUGUUGAUCUGGAAGAUAAACCCUGUUGAUGUGAAGGAUUAAAGACUGAGAUUGUUUUGAGGGCUUGCGUGAGAGAGGAGCUUUGCACUCAUGGAUCGCCUUGACCGAGCACCUGGGCAGCUCAGGAACUUCCAAAAGGAUGAUUUUGAGGCUGACUGGAUUAAGGUGGCAAAAUGCAAAUCUGGUGAGGUGUACCAGGUCAAGGUCAAGCUCUGGCGGGAAAAAUGUGCGUUGAAAACUUUUGACACAACCUUGUGUGGAAACAACUUUUACAGGAAAGUAAUAGAGGAGGUGUCCAGCAUAGCCAAAUUGAAAUUCAAGUACAUAAUGCCCAUAUAUGGCAUGUGCAGUGAAGUGACUGCACUUGUGAUGGAGUACAUGAGUAAUGGGUCCCUGAACAAUCUUCUAGCCAGUCACACUUUGAUGUGGCCAAAGAAGUUUCAGAUGAUUCAUGAGACCUCCUUGGGCAUGAAUUUCCUUCACAGCAUGAAACCUCCACUACUCCAUCUUAACCUGAAGACUUCCAAUAUCCUUGUGGACGAUCAUCUCCACAUCAAGAUUUCAGAUUUUGGUUUAAUCCACUGGGAGGAGGGCAUGAACAAGACCUUGUUCAUGGAGCGUCUGACUGCAAGAGGGAACAUAAGUUACAUUCCUCCAGAGACCUUCACUGACUCCCCCGAUCCUCCAGGAACUACCUUUGAUGUUUACAGCUUUGGAAUUGUGAUAUGGGAAAUUCUGACACAACAGAAACCGUAUGCAGGUUGCAGUGUGACCACAGUGCUCUUACAGGUGUCACAGGGGAAGAGGCUCUGUGUGACUAUGAUACCCGAUCAGAGGCCUCCUGAGUGCGAACGGAUGAUCAGCAUCAUGAAGCAGUGCUGGGACGAUGAUCACAGGAAGAGGCCACCGUUUUCAGACAUUGUGAAGCAAACGGAGGCUCUGAGCGAAGUCUUUAAGGUCCCAGGACCAAUUCACAGUGGCAAAAAUGGAGAUGUGGAACAGAAAGCAAAUUAUCCCUGGCUGUUCUCAUCAGUGAAAAAGAUCACUAUUCCCGAAAUGUCCGACUCUCCUUCAGAUGGCCAGUAUGACAAGGAGGCCAUUCUCUCUAUGCUAUCAAAAAAGGACUUUGGCAGUUUCAGGAAGUCUGUGAGAAGGGAACACGUAUCCACACAGUUUUCCGGCAAAAAAACACUCCUUCACUGCACAGUAGCCACCGGUGAUUCAGAGAGUGUCGAGCACAUCCUGAAUCUGGGUGCCGAAGUCAACUGUACGACUGCCAAAGGUUACACUCCUCUUCUUAUUGCUGUUCUGCAGAGGCUACAUGACAUCAUCUCUUUGUUGCUGGAACAUGGCGCAGAUGUGAGCCUGGGAGAUGAGGAUGAUUGGACACCACUCCAUUUUGCAGCUCAAAAUGGUGAUGACAGGACUGUCCGACUCCUGCUGGACAAAGGUGCUGUCGUCAACGCCCAGGAAAAAACCGGCUGGAUGCCCUUCCACCUGGCCUGUCAAAAUGGACAUGAAACUGUGGUGCGCCUGCUGCUUUUGCGACAAUCGCAGGAAGCUGUCGUAGAACAGGAGAAGGCAAACGGGAGGACACCGCUCCACUUGGCCUCCAUCUACGGGCAUCUCAGUAUCGUGAAACUCCUCCUAACUCAUGGAGCAGAUCCCAAUGCGACAGACAAAUGUCUCUGCACUGCUCUUCACCUAUCAGCCGAGGAAGGCCAUAACAGAGUAGUCAGACAGUUGAUACAGAGUGGAGCAACUGUUGACAUUGGAGACAGCAAAGGGAACACUCCACUUCACCUGGCUGCUCUGAAGGGUCAUACAGGCAUAUGUAGGCAGCUGUUGUCAAACGGAGCAAACCCAGAUGCCACCAAUAUCCAGGGAUGGACCCCCGUGCAUCUGGCUGCCCUAAAGGGACAUGAAGCAACACUGGUCCAGCUGGAGAGUCAGGGUGGUUGUGUAAAUGCAAGAGGUGAGAACGGAUGGACUCCACUACACCUGGCUUGUCACCAGAGUAAGCCAGAUUUGGUGGCAAAACUCUUAUCAGGCAAGGCUGACCCAAAUGUCACAGAGGAGAGUAAAGGAUGGACACCACUGCAUGUGGCCUGUAACAGUAAGAGUUUUCCAAGUGUCCUCCACUUGAUAUCCCAUGGCGCAAAUGUCAAUGCUUUAAAUUAUGGAAAUGCCACACCUUUACACCUGGCUGCCCAGCAUGGCUGUGUACCCAUUGUAAAAGCUUUACUGAUGAAUGGAGCAGAUGGGACACUGCUGGAUUCUUUUGGAUCCACAGCUUUAAAUGUAGCUCAGCAGAGUGAAAAGUUGGAAAUAGUGGAACUACUAGAAAAUGGAUGUUAACUAUCAUGAGGAUUACAAUAUAAUGGCGAAGUUGCACUAUAGAGGAGGGAUUAUCAGGCAACUUAAAGCAUGAUAUUGAUGAUUUUUUCACAGAAAAACGACCAGUUUUGCCACGUGUAAGCAAACCAAAUCAAUUUCACAAACCCAUCUAUAUUUUGAAUUUUGUCAGACCAUUGCACAAUUGAAAGCAGAAAUCUAUUGCUGUCCUUGCUUAAAAAAACAGCAUCUGAUUUUUCCAGUAAUUACUUUCCCGUAAGUUCCACAGACGUACCACACGAUCAGGCAUUUGUAUUGAAAAUAAUUACUUUAAACUCUGAAUGUUUGACAGGGUCAUUAUUGUGAUAAACUGUGGUGAGCCACACACACGGGGGUCACAAUCGGGUGAAGUAUACUAUUAUGAUAAAGUAUAUUGAUUCUCCUUAUUGAAUCCCUGUGCUUGUUUGCUUUUUUAUGUGUGCUUUCCUGUCGACUGGAAGAUGGAAAUGAUAUAGUAAAAAGUGUUGCUGUUACUAAGGCAUUCUUCUGGUUAAACCUGCCAGACUUUAUGCAGGUAUUAUUUGUCCAAUCUGGUUAAAUGACAUAUAUCAGAAUUGACAUAGCCAUUUUUAACAGCUUCAUGUGAGAAUUUCUGAUUAAAAAUCCAUGUAUGCUUCAUGACAAGCCACAAUAAUUCCUUACAGACUGAAGGAGUCACUUCCCAGCAUGUGACACACUCAUUUACCACUGUGACACCUUAUUAAAUUGAAAUGAAAUGCAUGGAUUCAGGAGCUGUAUUGACCUACACAUUCACAGGGUUUUCCUGGAAUCACAGUGGACUGACUUAGAUGUAGUGCUAGGAGCUGAGCUGAAUCAAAGUACUGUAAAUGAACAGAGCAGAGUUAUAUUUGACCUACACUGAGCUUGAUUUUUUUUUAAAUAUGUUGCUAAGUGAAUGUCUGCUGUGUCAUUUUUAAAUUGCUAUUUUAUUCCAAGUUCAUUUUUCCCCUUCACAGCAUCUCUGACCCUGAGUAAAUUAAGUGCCUGUCUGUUUACCUGUGUUGAUUUUGAUUACAUCGUGACAGCAUGAAACCAUCAGUCCUCUUCUCCUGGUCAUUAGAAGAACUGGGUAAACUAUUUCUUUCUCUGUGUCUUGCCAUUUGUCUUUUUACCUGACCAAUACACUAUUAGAAAUGAUAGAUUAUGUAAAUGAUGGACAUAUUUUUCAAGUCUAAAAACCUGGGUCCACUGGGUCCACUCCAGAAGUGCAUUCUUUCCAUUGGCCAGCAGGGGGUAACACUCCUGGUUGUGAAAACAACUCCUCCCCUUGCUCAUCAUGUUCAAGAUGGCAAAGGUGAAGGCAAACAGCUUAAUGUUUCACAACAAGACAUCCUUAACUAAUGCGUGACAUCAUGGUGGCUACAUCCAUCUUUUAAUUACAGUCUGUGCUUUGAACCACUUGACUAAAAUACUAGAGUCUCAAUACAAACUAUAACCUAUAGAGAACAGUCAAAUCCUUUACUUUAAAAUCAUAAGAUUUUUGUUUAAUUUACACCUGCAAACAAAUUCUAAUUAUUUGCAUAGAUUUUUCCUUGUUCCUAUAUGCAAAGUCCUGAUUCAUAAUGUCAUGUAGUUUUAUAUCAGAAACCCAACAAGGUGAAAUAUAUGUUGACCGUGUUUUCAUUGAACAGAGUUUGAAAAGCAGGCAUUGUGUUAUGGAAAGAAUCUCGUUUGCAGAGUUCUGUUUAUUUCAGGUCGGGUUGGAUGUGAAGCAGAUUAUAGUUCAAAGUGUCCUUUUAACUGCAGUAAUUCACAUUUGAAAUGUAUGAAGCCUUUAAUGUGUAAAGAAUUGAAAGCAAAUGACAUUUGUGCAGUUGUUAUCCACUGUAAACAGUCAGAUGACAAUUUAACAGAUGUGAAUGAAACUUAUCCGUGGAAACCAGAGCUGUGUCAUUGUGUAAACUGUCUAACAGCAUUUCUGUCCUACUAGUAUUCAAAUCAAACAAUUCAUUUAAAAAAAAAGCAUGAAAAAAAAACUAUACAGGUCUUCUGAUCCCACUUCCUAAAAAAAAAAAACCCCUCGCUUUUCUAGCAUCUAAUCAAGCCCACCUAAAUCGAUGAUUCUGCCUCAACCUUUUUACACGUACGGUGACACAUUGGAUACCUUCUAUCGCAGCCAGUAAUUGGGUUUGAAGGCACCUAAACAAAUUUUAUUUUCUAAUAGGGAGACCAGCAGGAAGAAGAUAAUGCCGUGUAAGUUGCCACUAACGCAGACACCAACAGCAUCAGAGAGAAAGAAGAAAAUUGCAUUGUUGUGGUCUUUAGCUUCACACUGCGUCCUGCUAUACUUCAUCCCCCUUUUUUUUCUUAGUGAAUGUAUUCAUUCAACAUAUAUUAUUCACAGAGAAUUGAACAAUAGCUUAAUUAAACAUUCUCUGAUGUUCUUCCCCUCUGUGCUCUGAUGUCUUGUGUGAUGCAGUUAUACUACUUUGUGGAGUUUUAAUCUAAAUUAAACUCAGACUUCACGGCCUAAUUGCUUUGAAGUGACUCUAGACAACAGUUCACGGUGAUGUAUUCACCAAAACAAAGGCUCUUCUGGCUUUGUGUAACUCUUUGCAAUAUUGUAUACUAGUGCUUUCAAAAGCUUAUCAAAUAAUAUCAUGUGGAUAUGAGGCUGCUGAUACAUUUUUACAUCUCAUUGUCUUAUGCUGCCUUAACCCCUCAUGCACUGUUCAGAAUAAUUCGUCAACUUUUAAACCAUAAAUGAUGCAAAGAAGGACUCUUUGACAUUCACGGCUCUUAUUUUAAUGAUAGGAAUUAAUCUGGCCAUUUACUUGGUAUAUUUAGCUUCUCAGAAGAGAGCCAUUAUGCUCUCUGCAGACAACCCUCUUUAGCAGGGUUAAACUCACCUUUGAGCUGAGCCCCGUGGUGUUAAGCAGCUGCAAUCAUGACUGAUGCAGCUGUGUCUUUUGACCCAGGUGUGCAGCCUCAGCAGGGGCAAGCAGGCAUCUUUGGUGCUUGCUACAAUAAUUGAGUGAGUGAUCUGUCAUGCAUCAUGGGAGAUGAUUUUUUUUCAGAGUGAUGACAUAGAAAAUACUGGCACUGUCAUCUCUCUGUGACCUCUCACUCUGUGAGAAGACCCCACCUCGGCCUGUCUAAAUACCGAGCAUUAGUGCUUGCUGUUUUUCACUUGAGUGAACCACCCUUCACAUUAUCGGUUGAAGCAUUUUGGUCAUACCUGUGAUUGUAUUAAAAAUGACUUGAAACACUGAGAAAUUAAUCAACAUGCCCAAUUACAAUUGCUUGA